CAGGCACACCCCAAUGAGCUCAGGUGUCGUGUGCGCCGUGAGGAAAGCGAGUUUACGACACAGAGUGGCCGCCCCUCGCCAGGGGCCUGACUCAUUGAGGACCUGGCCACAGAGCUACAUCAGGGCUCACCCACAAACACACAGCGUGACGGUCGAGGUCGCAGCCAACCCGAGCUGUGCCCCCAUUAAAUGUAGCUCACGGACCCUAUAGGGGUGUAGGUGUACCCCACCCAGCAGGUUAUCGCCGUCGCACCUGUAGCUCUGUGACCUGUGGUAUGUCACAAGCACAGCCCGCGGUAGUCGCAGCCCGCCUUGUGUUUUCAUUCCAUCGUCUCACACACACACACCGACAGGGCGCAGUCAUCACCAGCAACAGCAACCUCUCACCCGUCUGACCACACCAUCAGUUUGGGAGAUAACUAUUUUGUUGAGAACGAGGAGUGAGUGGUACAGUGGCGCCAGUGAAUGUCCCCCGACAGGUAAACAGCACAGUUGCAAGGAGCGGGUGUCGCGGUGCUAGUUGAGGACAGACUCACCAUGGGGAACCGUCCCACUCUCUACGUCCUGUCUGCUCUGCUCUUUCCGUUGGCCUUGGCUGGCUUCUUCGUGGGUUUUGCUUGUCCAGUGUGGACAGUGGACAACAACAACAGGAAUUACGGACUGUGGCAAACAUGCGAGGUUGUGAUCCAGAACUGCAGCUACCUCAGCUUCUAUGACCACGACUUCGUGAUGGGCACGCGGGCGGUGGAGAUCGCUGCUGCUGGUCUCUUCUUCUUGACCACCCUCUACCUGAUCAUCGAGAACAUCGUCUCCGACUUCCAGGGCCGUAUUCUUAUUGCCCGACUGGGCGCCGGUCUUCUGAGCAUAUUAGGAGGAAUGGCGGGACUAGCAGGGAUCAUCACUUACGCCGUUAAAACAAACGAAUCGGUGAAUAACGUUAAAUACGGGUGGGCUCUUGCCAUUAACGCUGCUGGCUCGGGGUUAGCCAUAGUUCUCGGAGUCGGCCUCUGCCUUUCUGGAGCAUUUUUCGAAAAAGGUAAAAAAGAGAAAAAGCCUUACUCACAGAGCAGCGACUACGAGCUUUCGGCUUACAACAACCCCGCCAUGACUUUCGAUGACCUGACUCACCAGCCUCCAGCAAGCGCACCCGGAUAUGCCGUCUACAACGGCCACGUCAACUACCCGGGGUCUAGGAGUAGCAUGGCAGGUGGGAACCCUGGGUACGGCCCUUCCAUGUACCACAGCCCCGGGAUUUCCAACGGGGAAUCCAUGUACAACAAGGUGCCGCAGCGUCACUCGUACGUGGAUGAUGGCCGACUUCUGCCUCCGGGUCAUGUCUACGACCUCAGCGAGGGUUACAGACCUUCUCGUUCUCGCAGCACUAGCCCCCGACCUCCCGACUAUGCCACCCCCAUCGCCCGGCCUGCUGUGGCCGUGUCCUACCCUGGGUAUCUAGACGAGCCGGUGGGUCGUACCGCCUUUCGCGGCGAUGAUGCUGGGUACUUGAGGAAUUCACGGGUCGUACACCCGGAGUCGAGGGCCUACUCUAACGAUGACUAUUACCGAGGGGUGCGUUACUGAGCGGAUCGUCUGCGUAGCCUCUCACUGGUCGCCUUGGAGUCCUCUUGCCCAACACACGAAUAUACAUGGAAUAUACAAUUCCACAUAUAUAUUAUGAAAUGCUGUAUACAUUAAUAUAUUGUACAAUCCUAUAAUUCCUGACAAAAUAAUUUGUUUUGAACGUCAAAAGGCUGGUGACUGGACGAGUAGAAGGUGGACAAGAAGUGGUCCAAGAAGUGCGAGGGCAUGUUCCUGUGAAAGAUGUCGGUAGACCACAUAUUUUGCUCGAAUUUUGAUUUGCAUAUGUGUAAUCCGAGUAAGUUCCAGCCAGUCGUGAGCCACUUCUCAAUGAGUUGUGCACAGAGAGCUGAUUCUAGUGUAGGAGGAGGAAUAAAAAAAUCCUGGUCACUAGCUAAUGGCAGAAUUUCUACCCGCAGCUGUCGAUGUAUUUUGUUGCUGUUUACAAGUUGGGUAACAUGUUUCUAAUCACCAGCAUUAUUUUCUAUCGUUACUUUUGCAAUAAAAAGCACGACAAGUAUGCUCAUUCUUCAUGGUACAGGCUGGUAAGUUCUGUGGCUCCUUAUCCUAACACAAACGUUGCUCACCUUCGCAUAAAAGUUAUUAACCUUUGUACAAACCUUUACACACACAGGAAAGUGUCAUCCUUACAUCGUCUCUCAUCCUCAAACAUUUCAAAUAUUCGUUAGAUUCCUAAACACGCUCAUCAUCACACGAAUAGUCCUUAUUCCUACAGAAACACACACUAGUCGUUUACACGUAAACUUCAUGCACUUGCGUAUAUAUAUAUAUAUACAGAGCGAUGUGUGCUUGCCUGGGGUAGGACGCUUCAAUUAAGACGAAAUCAGGAAUCCUAGAAUUCCGAAUUAAGAUGAUUGCAUGCAAUGUGUAUAUUUGUAAUCAGUGAUAUUACAAAUGUUGGGAGAGAUGAUGUAAUAACUAUGGCGAUCAUUGAAUAAGUUCCCAAUGACUUCAAAAGCAACACACCUAUAGGGAUGAGAAUCGUUGUCUUACACGUGUUCAUGUAAAGUGAUAAAGAGUUUGUCAUCAUCGUCAUCAUCAUCACCCACGUCGGAGUCUCCCCAUCACGGUACGGGGGACAGUUAAUUAACUCGCAAGUCAGAUUAACGCCCUCGACAUUCAAUGGAAAUGUAGUUGAGCUGAUUCACUGCGUGUACACACGUGUUUGCUUGUGUGCACGCUUGCGCGUCCUGACGCCUUUAAAACAGUUUGUGUUCCUUGUUUAUUUAUUUCCUUUAAUUUUUCUACUUGUAAAUCAAAACAGUCAUCAUAAUUCUGUCACUAUUUUUACUUUCUUUGUAUUAUUUUAAAUGUUAUUUUUGAUGUUAUUGUUGACCACCAGUCAACAAUUUUGUUUUGUGUUUACUGUAUGUCGUGCUUGCUUUAUUUGAUGUCACCGGAAGCAUUUCUUCAGGAAUGUACAGCUGAGGGUAUUUGGUUUGGGCGCUGUACCUGUUUAUUUGUACACCAAUUUAAACUUUAUUUUAAUCUUGUAAACUCAUUUCAACGCAUAUUUUAAUGAACUGUAUCAUUCACUGUUUAACGUAUUAUACUACAUUAAUUAAAUUAAAUUGUCUAACGAUUAUUACAAAUUAAAGUUUUAAAUCUA